AAGUGAGGGGCAUUGUGGGAAGCGUUUCCUGUUCGCCGCCAAACGGCCGCGUUCCAGACACUACAGCAUAACCGAAAAGCGCCACACCUUGAUGAAUGUCAUAGACUCUAGGAAGCUUGGAAGGGAUGCGAAGGGAAAUGGAACUUUCUGGCUGGAUUCAGGGCUAGCAAGACUAUUUCUCGGAAGUUCACAGCUGCUAAGGGAUCGCAGGCGGCCAGGGUCCUCCAGAGUGGGCGAGAGCGGCGUCUCUAUGAUCAAGGAGCCAUAGAGCAGGCCUCUCUACCCCGCCCAGUCAGACUGCGCAUGAGCAGUAGCUGUAGCACCGGAAAGAUGGCGGAGGAGGGGGAGAGAAAAAAGAUCCCUUUGGUUCCGGAAAAUCUCCUGAAAAAGCGGAAGGCUUAUCAGGCUCUGAAAGCAACCCAGGCAAAGCAGGCCCUUUUGGCAAAGAGGGAGAGGAAAUCAAAAGAAUUCAGGUUUAAGCGACUGGAAUCAUUCGUACAUGAUUCCUGGCGGCAGCAGCGUGACAAGGUGCGUGUCCGGCGACUAGAAGUGAAACCUCGUGCAUUGGAAGUACCUGAUAAACAUUCCUUGGCCUUCGUAAUACGCAUGGAAAGGACAGAAGGGGUGAGUCUAUUGGUACAGAAGACCAUAGCAAAGCUUCGCCUGAAGAAGUUGUUCAGUGGUGUCUUUGUCCAUGUCACCCCUCAAAGUGUGAAAAUGCUGCGCACAGUGGAGCCUUACGUGACCUGGGGAUUUCCAAAUCUGAAGUCUGUCCGGGAACUCAUCUUGAAACGUGGACAAGCAAGGAUUAACAAUAAGACUGUCGCUCUGACAGACAACACAGUGAUUGAGGAGCACCUGGGGAGAUAUGGUGUCAUUUGCCUGGAAGACCUCAUCCAUGAAAUCGCCUUCCCGGGGAAGCAUUUCCAGGAGAUCUCCUCAUUCUUGUGCCCUUUCCACCUCUCCGUGGCCCGGCAUGCUACCAAGAACAGAGUGGGGUUCCUCAAGGAGAUGGGUUCUCCUGGCUAUCGGGGUGAACGCAUCAAUCAGCUCAUCCGCCAGCUGAACUAGACUGGG